UAGUAGGAAGUGGCCCAAUGUGGGAGUGUCACUGAGUGCGGCACUCAAAGGUUCCUGCCUAUUCGGCUUUUAUUUUAAAGCGAAGAAAAUACCGUUAUCACAGUUGAAUUUAAGUCUGCGAGUCAUGCUGACCUUUCGCUCCGUGUGGACUCUGUGUGUCCUGGCGCUCCUGCUGCCGCUUGGAGUCCUGUCUCAGAUCGACUUCAAUCUGGCUGAUGCUUUGGAUGAUGAGAGCGUUAAGCCAUCAGCCUCUUUUAGACCAAAGCCAGAAACACCAACUCCAGGAAUAGAACAAGCUACAGUAAGAACUACAACCACCAAAGUCCCAGUGAAGGUCAGGCCAAAGCUCCCUACAAGUACUGAAGUAUCAAGGAAGACGAAACCCAAGUCAACUGGACAAGAUUUUGAUCUGGCAGAUGCUUUGGAUCAAAACCAGAAGCCAGGAGGAGGAUUUUCUGACAGUGACCUGGAGGGCGUGAGCAACGAUAACACCUACAAACCCGACAAAGGGAAAGGAGGCUAUAAAAAAGAAGACACCAGUCAGAGUUCCCAGGAUGAAGGCAGUGCGGUCACUGCAGAGGUCGGCACCAUUGCAGGAAUUGUCAGUGCUGUUGGCAUGGCGCUGGUGGGGGCCAUCACCAGCUACAUAAGCUACCAGAAGAAGAAAUUGUGCUUCAGUCUACAACAGAGCCUGAAUGUUGACAUUAAUAAGGCUGAAAUCCCAGAGGGAGUGGUGGCAACUGAACCUCAAGCACAACAGACGCUUUUGGAACAACCAAAGUCUGGACCACCUUGUGAUGAGAACGCAGUUUAAGAACCAGUCGGUCACAGAGUCAUUCAGACAUUUCAGCUGUCCUUUCAUCCACAUGUAGUGUACUGAUAUAUAAACAUAGUAAAUUCCAUGUUUGUACCAUUAUAGGUAAACUCCUGUUUACACUACUGAGCAUUUCAUGUUGUUAGAAGUAGAACCACUUGAAUUCAAAUCACCAUCUCACAUUUGUGUAUGAAUUCCAUGUAGUGUUUAAAUGAGGUUUGCAUUAGAAAAUUUUGAAUGUAGUUUGUAGGAAGUGAGUCUGUAGUUUGUCUCAGUGCUGACCGGUGAGUGACCAGCAGGUUCUGUAGUUUCUUCAGAGCUCAGAUCUGAGCCUUCGCUGAGUAGAGAAACAUUUGUUUUAGAAUUUUUGAUGGUCGAAAGGAUUUCUUCCUGUUAAUCUCACAUUCUGACACGUGCAGGUAAAACUGCAAAACUACUUUAUUUGAAUUGCUCUUAUUUAUUUCUCUUGCAAGUUUAGAAAUUUGUACCUGACUAGUGUUUUUACUCAAAUGUGACAGAUUUACUGGCAUGGCUGCAGGGGGCAGUGGUUGGUAGCAAUGUUGCCUUGCAGCAAGAGAAGGUCCUAUAAUUGUAAACUCAAUUUAAUAAUUCUAUAAACAUAUUGUGACACGCUGUGAAAUCAUCUCUUCUAAUCUGAAAAUGUGGAGCAGAAGAAAUUAAGAAAUGGUUUUACAAAGGCUUAGACAUGAGAGUUUACUCCUUUAUCUUUUUCAUUCUUAUUUACACUGAAACCUUAAAUCACUUCACACACACUGUUGUCUUUCAGAGUCAGACGUUUUUUGUCUUCUGACUAGUUAUGUGAAUAUUAGGAAAUGUCAGCACUACAAAUGUAGUGGGGUCAGAUGUUUUCUUUAUAAGACACAAUAUGACCAUCACUCCUGGUCACACGAUGACCUCUGUUCGCUCCACACGCCUGGACUCAAGUCAACACACACACAACUCAUUUCUAAAUCUGGAAAUGUCAUUUAGUGACCUUCACUUACUGCUUUGACCAAUUGUUACUCAAAAAAGAAAACAAAAAUCACUUGUAUUGCCUCUUCAGUGCCUGUUCUAGACAUGAAUGCUUCUUUCUGCAAAUGAACUGAUUUGAAACGUAUCACUUCUCUGAAUGUCAACAAAAUUAUGCGAAAAGCUGCUGCUUGAGUUAGAGACUUUAACCGUAGUUAGAUCUGUUUGUGUGCUUUGUACUUCUGCUGUUCUAAUGCUGUAUCUAACUGAGACUGUUCCUUUGUACUCUCUGCUGCAUGUUUUGCUCUGUGUGUGUGUGUUUGUGUGUGUGUCUACUGUUAGCCAUUGUAACAAAAAAGACAUCCUUUGUCGGUUGUAGGGUUUUGACAUAAUGUGGACUUUACCAGGUUUUCAAUUAUUCAAGGUAAUCCCAGGGGAACCAAACCAAAUUUUCUAAAUGAAAACCCCCCACAUAUUUCAGUACUAAAACCCUAGAAUUUAAAGGAAGUGUACUUUUUUUUACCAUGACUUUUUCACAAUAUUGAACUCUGCUUAAGAUGUGCCAGUUAACUGAUUUAACUUGAAUUAUUAUUAUUAUAUGUACUCCAGUUGUCUCCAACAUAAACUAGUAAAAUAAAGAAUUAAUAAAGAGA